GAACAAUGUUUUGGCUUUAGGCAUUGAAACGGACCGCUGAGGGUGAACUACACGAGCCAAAAUAGCAGGUCAUGGUCCUGCAGCGGAUGACACUGAUUGCCAACCCAUAAUUUUCCUGCCCGCCAGCAUCCAUGAUGAACAUCAUUCAAGACAAACUAGGCAAUGAAUACUUGCGCUCCAACGGGAGCAUGGACUCCAAUUUUGGCUCCGGCAUGUUAAUGUUCAGCCACCUCCCUCCGGUGACCAGCUUCACCCGGCUGGCCGCCCACUCCGUUAUGCAGGACCUUCCACCUCAAGAAGUGAUCUUGAAGAAGGAGCGGGACUCGCCUGACUGCAGCAUGGGUUACCAGGGUGGCCGCAUGGGGUGUGCGGGGCUAGGAGACUAUGUUCACACCAUGGGCAUCAAGCAGGAAAAGCUGUCGGAGCACGAUUAUCGCCUGCCGGUUUACCCCGGAGGGCUGGGGAAGAGCACCGAGCUGCUGGAGGUGACCGUCAGCAACAACCAGGGCCUGCUGGUGCAUGACCCCAACAUGGGCAAUCUGCCCAGUCAGUUAGGAAAGGAGCCCACUGGGAGAAAAGGCCGAAGGUCAAAUGGUGAUGGACAGCAGGGCAAACCAAGAAAGAAGAGAAACGAGGCAACGCAAUCAAUGAUGCUGGAUGCAGAUGGGAGCAGCCUGUCUCCGGGGACAAAGCCUCACAUCUGUGAGCACUGCGCCGCGUCCUUCAGAAGCUCUUAUCACUUACGCAGACACGUUCUCAUACACACAGGUGAAAGACCCUUCAGAUGCAAUCAGUGCAACAUGAGUUUCAUUCAGAAAUACCUUCUUCAGCGACACGAGAAAAUCCACAGUGGAGAGAAGCCAUUCAGCUGUGACCAGUGCAACAUGCGUUUCAUUCAGAAGUACCACAUGGAGAGGCAUAAGAGGACUCACAGCGGAGAGAAGCCGUACAGAUGUGAGACAUGCCAACAGUAUUUUUCUAGGACAGACCGACUGCUUAAGCACAAGCGAACCUGUGGAGACGCCAUAAAGAAGGGUCUGGAUCCUGGGAUGAUGGACCUGGGUUGUGUAGACAUGGGACAUGGCAGCUAUGGAAUCACUCAGGGAAAUGUUGGGAGCACUGGGAGAAAGAGGGGACGGUCCAAAAAUACUGGAGAGGGAGGGGAGCGCAAGAAGAAGAAGGGGGAUGGAGGAGGGUUGAGGGUACCGCAUAUUCACGGGGCUCCACCUGAAGGCUACAGCAUCCAUGAUUACUCUCUGGAGACUCAAACGGUAUCGUCCUCGACUGAGCCGGGGCCCAGCAUGCAGCAGGGCCACCACGGCCGGGCCCCAAAGAUGGCGUUCAAGAAGGCUAAUCGUAAGAGCCUGGAUAAAGUGGUUCUGGCGCAGGGCAAAGCGGGCCCGUUGGCGCAGAACGGCAUGGACGGUCUGGGCCUCAUGCACGCCCCCGGGGCUAAAGCGGGGCCCGCCACCAGCAGCAACUACGACGACGCCAUGCAGUUCCUCAAGAAGCGCCGCUACCUUAACGCGGCAAACGGCGCAAACUCAUCGGGGCCGCUGGCGGCGGGAGGAUCCGGCGGCGAGUACGACGUCGGCCUCGGCCACUUGUCUUCCCAGCAAUCCGUCAUUCAGGGCGUCGUCUCCAGCGUGAUGGACGGCGACGCGCCUCUGAGUCUCGACAAGUCCGGGAUCCCCGACGAGGUGCUGCAGAGCCUCCUGGACCACUACACCCAGAAGCCCGACGGCUCGCACCACGACGUUCACUUCGACAUCGGCGAGCACCACGCGGAGCUGCAACACGGCUCGGCGGACUGCGCCGACAUCGGCCACAACGGCGACGCCUCCGGGCCGUCUGGGGACAAGACGGUCAUGAUGCACGAAUACUCCCGCUUCCUGCUGCAGGCCCUGGAGCGCACCAGCCACAGCGCCGGCUUCCCCCUGGGCCUCGGGCCUCCCGCCUCCGGACCGUUCGCCAGCUCCCACCCGGGGAACCCCCUCUACGCCGACAAGAACAUUUACACGGCGUCCCCGAUGGAGUGUGGCUUCGGCCAGCCGGUGGCCUCGCCGUCGUUGCCCUCCUCUGUGCCAAAGUCUCACUUUGCGAUGCUGACGGGAUCCUCGCCGCAGCACGGCUUCCACCUGAGCGGCCUUGAGGCCUCCGCACACCAGCAGCUCACCCCUUCUCAGGAGCUCACCGACCAGGUGGAGAAGCAACACUCCUCCACGCCCCCUUCCUCCUACCAGAUCAGCCCGUCUGACCUGAGCACCCAGAAGGACCAACCGCCGAUCAAGAAUGGUACGGUGGUCUACCCGCUGGCCUCCUCGCAGGAUUUAGCCUCUCUGGACUCUUCCAAGCCUUCCUACCAGAUAGAAAACUUUGCCCAGGCCUUUGGCUCCCAAUUCAAGUCAGAUGGCCGCGGCCUGUCUUAUGCCACUGACUCCAGCGGGGAGGUGGACCACAGGAUACGGACUCCUGUGUCUGAAUUCUCAGGGUAUAGUAGUUUGUUAUCUGAUGUCAAUGAGUCAGUAAGUACAGGUUCCAAAACUACAACAAGCCAAAGCUACAGAUGAGAGCCUGAGAGGGAGAGAACACGUUGAAUUGGAUGUUCUCAUUUUUAUUUUUUAGUGCUUCUAUUUUAUUGUUAUUGUUAUUGUUAUUAUUAUUAUUAUUAUUAUUGUUGUUUUUCUAAGUGACAUCUUUGUAAUUAUACUGAUCCUGUUUUUGUGCCCACUCCUCUUCCGACAAUAAGCCCACAGGGCUUCCUGCAAAUGCAAUUUUUUUUAAAGUAUGUUAUUAAGUUAAAUAUGUAUUUACUGUUUGUUCUUGUCAUUUUAGUGGCAUUAGGUCUGGUCAUAAAUCAUGAACUGAAAGUACUUUUUAUAUAAGUGUAGCGUAGUACGGGACACAUUUCUUUUACGAGCUACGGUGUUUGAGCAAUCAACUUUACAAUAGUGAAAUAGUUAUGAAAAUAACCAUGAUGGCAGGGACUAGCCCAGAGUUGAAAUAGCAAAAAAAUAAAUUAAAAAAAAUGUAUCUGUUGUCUGUUACAAGGUUUAAAGUAUUACUCAGGAAAAAGUGGAAAAGGAGAAGCCUACGAGGUGCAGUGAGCGCUCUUUUCAGAAGUUUAAGUUUGUGACUUCCAAGAGGAUUUUUCUUAUGUUUUAUUACUUGUUGAAUGAGUGUGACGUGAACAGACUGCUGCCAGCUCACCUGAGCACUGAAAACACUUUCUACUUGGCUAUAUAGAGAUUAUGGUACUUUCGUGUCAAUGUGAAACUCAUGUUUUCUUCAAUAAGGGCCAUAUAUAUAUAUAUAUCUAUAUAUAUAUCUAUAUAUAUAUUUAUAAGAAUAUAUAUUAAUGUAAAAUAACAGAUUUAAUCCUUCUGGGGAACUGCCAGUUGAAGUCGAGGAAGACGGAGGGCUGGUUCAGGGGUAAAUGUUGUCCGUGGUAUAUUUUUGGAGAACAAAAGUGACGUCGGGGCUUUUCUUUGGCCAAUAGAGGUUGCUGUUGGUCAGCGAUGGAACGGCCUUCCCCUCGGCCGGCCCUCUGCUUCUUCCUCAGUUCUCUUUUUUUUCUUCUUUUCUUUAAAAGAAUCCAGUUAGCACUUUGAGCCGUUUUCUUACGUUGCGUAAAGUACCCUGUCGGGUCGAGGAAGCUCAAACUUCAGGAAUGGACUGGCUUUCUGGCGGAGACGUGUCGUCGUUCGGGCAUAUGCAGACGGGUCUCUGGGUUGAUGAUAUUCUGGGUGUAUGAUGUGGAAACCCUUUGUUUGGGUGGCAUGGUUUCUAUGGGGACGGUGGGAGGGCGGGUUGAUAAGCGAAAGUGGGAUUUUUCAAGAACAUUUUCCCUUUCUCCUUACUUUGAGGGAGGGAUUCGAUUGGGCGGGCGUUCGGGCGGGCUUUUAAAAUACAGUACAUUGAAUUGGGAAAAUGUAAAUGUAUUUCAAACCUCUAGAUUUAGUUUUGACUUGUUACCCAACGUAGAAGCUUUGCUUUCUUAUUGAAUUUGAUGACAAAUGUGUUAGUGAUCAAGUAUUUCCUUCAGCUGUUACUGAGAGGCAGCCCUAUGCAUAAUGAGCAAAAAGGUGGCUGACCCAAAAAAUGUGUAUGCGUUUAGAUAUUUUACGUCUGCUGGCAGUACCAAGCGUAUUUGUCCCGUUAGAAAUUGGGUGCCUAUUCCUGAGAAGUGCAGGCUGCAAGAUAUUGUCUAGUAAGUGUAAAUGUAAUUUCUUGCUGAUUUUUAAAUGUAUUUAUGUACAAUUUUUUUUGUAACGGCAACAAUAAGUACGCUGUCUUCCAGAGCUACAACUGGCCUUGAGUGCUAGAACGGAUAUCGCUCUGCUGAACGAGUCGUUGACCCCUUUACGCCCCGGUGGCCUCUUUGAAGCAAUCAUGCAGCGCGGCCGAGUGAACGCAGCGCUGUAAUAUCUUAAAUAUGUUGCCAUGCUGAAUAACGGCCGAGGCGGUUGGAAAGGGUUCGCCUCGCAUAUACCUCAUAUCACAGUAAUCCAGGUUAAAAGAGUGAAGGGUUUGAUGUAUGUGGCAGAGAUGCUGUUUGUAUAACCAUGUUUCUUUUUGUGCAACUAGUUUUGUGGACAUGACAUUUCUGUGACCCCCUAAGACGUCGUUGCUUCAGGGUUCCUGUAAAGUCUUAUGCCAACCAGUGUUCAGUCCCUUCAGUUCGGCCGACUCUCCUCCACAUCGAAUUCGCCAUGUUGUUUCGAUAUGCUUAUUGUUUACAAAAAAUGUACAAAACACUACAUCUUACUCCACUGAAAUCUGACUCCUGUAUACAUUUUAUUUUACUCUUAUUUCUUUCCCCCCCCCUUUUUUUUGUUAUCACCGCCAAAUUUUGUAGCUGAUAUCUUCCAUUUUUAUGUUCUUCCAGCUUCUUGUGACACGUUUCACAAGACGACUUGUCCAAUGAAUUUAAAACUGAUUCGGGAGAAAACAAUAAAAAAAAAAUACUGUUAUCAAGAGCCGUGUUUGUCCUCCUAGGCAGGAAGUGGUGUUGAUGCGUGUUUAUCUUUGGGGGUUUAAUUCACUGCACGCCGCCAGUCGGCCUCUUCUUCCCUCUGCGUGUCUGUUACCGGAGCUCAAUGUGGCUCAUGCAGGGUUUGUACGGUCAUGGAAAACCUGGAAAAGUCAUGGAAUUUUAAAAUGGUCAUUUCCAGGCCUGGAAAAGUCAUGGAAAAAACUUAAAUCAUAAAAGUUUGGGAAAAGUCAUGGAAAUUGUUAUAAUCACAUGUUCAUUAACGCCAGAGUUUGAAAUAAUUAAUGUUUUUUUAAAGAAAGACGCUCAAGAUAUAAGCCGGCGUACGCUCUCAAUACGCACAAUUUUCAAAAAUGUUCAUGUUUAUACCGAGAUUUCAGUUUGGUCAUGGAAAUUUGGUUUAAAGUCAUGGAAAUCCAUUGGUCAAAAUGUGUAAGAACCCGGCUCAUGGUGUUGGUGCACACAAGAUGGUUCAAAUAGCUUCAGUGCUUUUCUAGAAAUGGCGCCAGCCUUUGACCAGGUGUGUUUCUGUCGCUGCGUUUGAUUGAUCAGGAUAACAUGGACUUUAGCUUCAUUGUGUUUCCAGGCAUUCUGGGAUGAAAAUAAAUGUAGCUUCUUUUUUUUAAGACUCUGGCUUAAUGGACUGGUUUCUGUUGAUUCAUUUAAAAUCACAUGGCACCUCAUCACACUGGUCUGUGAGCUGAUGUUUCAGGAUGCAGCACGAAUACUAAAACAUCCUUGAUGGAUCGCCCUGCUCCUUUUUUUCUUCUUUAAAGAGUAAUACAGUGAAUGUUAGUGGUUGGGUAAACAAAAGUUAUGCGAGCAAACCAUUGGGGAACUAGAACGGGCACUCGGAAGAGCGCAUACCUUCGCAUAUCAUAAGAUUGGGCAUUAAAUUAUGAACAUUUUGGCAUUAGUUGCAUGCCAAUUGGAUAAAAAUUGACCGCGAUGGUAAAAAGAACGAGUUUUACCUUUUCAUGACCUUGACCUUUGGCCCGAUCGAUCCCAAAAUCUAAUCAAAUGGUCCCUGGAUAAUAACUAAUCAUCCCACCAAAUUUCAUGCGAUUAGGUUUAAUACUUUUUGUGUUAUGCGAAUAACACGCACGCAUACAAAUAAAUAAACGGCGAUCAAAACUUUACCUUCCGCAUUUUCAAUGCAAAGGUAACUAGAAUGGGCACUAGGUAGAGCGCAUACCUUCGCAUAUCACAAGAUUGGGCAUUGAGUUAUGAACGUUUUGGCAUUAGUUGCAUGCCAAUUGGACAAAAAUGUAUCGUUCUAUGGUUAAAAAAAAGAUGUUGACCUUUCCAUGACCUUGACCUUUGACCCGAUUGAUCCCAAAAUCUAAUCAAAUGGUCCCCGGAUAAUAACCAAUCAUCCCACCAAAUUCCAUGUGAUUCAAGAAGAUUUGACCUGUUCAUGACCUUUGACCUUGACCUUUGACCCGAUCGAUCCCAAAAUCGAAUCAACUGGUCCCCGGAUAAUAAACAACCAUCCCACCAAAUUGCAUGCAAUUCGGUUCAAUACUUUUUGAGUUUUGCGAAUAACACGCAUACAAAUAAAUAAAUAAAUACACGGUGAUCAAAACAUAACCUUCCGGCAUUUUCAAUGCGAAGGUAAUUAGGUGAAUGCAUAUAUUAUUAAUUUGUGCUGAUGUCAGUAAAUUAUUCCGACAGUACCACUGCUUAUUAAAUCAGAAAUCGAGGGAGGAGAAAGCUGGCGUCCGAGAGUGGCCUGGAUAAAUUAAGAUAUUCUCAGGCCGCGUUAAAAGAAAUACCACAAUGUGAUUUAAGUGACUUAAUGCAAAAUAUCAGUACCCACUACCCAAACAGCUCCCAGCACUGCAACUUUGUGUUAUCAUUUAAUUUCCUUUUUAUUAUCCGUGUGUGCGGGUAAUUCGACUGCUUCCUGAAAUCUAAAAGAGAAGUCGCUUGUCCUCACGUCGGCAUGGAAAUAACCUGCGUGUGUGUUUUGCUCUCAAACGUGACUUUGCUAAUGGUUUCAUACUUUAUGUGCACACCCAACCAACCCCUGUGUGAUUCAGUGCCAUUCCAAUGUUAAGUUAAUAAAUUACUGCGUUUUCUAUUGAA